GGUUCAGGCAACAAGAAAGAGCACAGUGCUUUGCACAUUGUUUCAAUGGAUACAGCGUUUCUUUGAAGCAAAAUUUGUAUUGAAAGCAGCACUUUGAAAACAGUCGGGAAGGACCGUCGACAGUCUAAGUGUGUAAUGAUGCCUCUCAGCAGGUUAUUCUUGAUAAUUACUUGGUGGAUGUCUGCUGUACAAGGAUACAAUCAAAAGAAGUGUCAACUCGAACUCACUUAUUCAAAAUCUACAAUCUAUGCUGUGGAAGGUACUGAAAUUUCUCUCUCAUGCACCACCAAUUACUGCAGGAAUAGUUCCUCCCUACCAGAAGUAAAUUGGUGUAAGCAGACGUCAACAGGUUGCACAUUGUUACCUCAGCUGAAGGAUUUUGUCAAUCGGACCACAUCGUGUACUCAUUUUGGACCAGGUACAAUGACUUCUGUCCUUCGGGUCUCCCCUGUUCACAUGAACCACCGUGGAGUCUAUCAGUGUCAGGGCCGACUCCCUACUUACAGUCCAGCCACUGUGAUGGGCCACAUGGUAACAAUCUUGGUAAAAAAACUCAAGAUGAUUGUUCCCAAUUCCAAAAUGAGAGGACACAAAGGAGCCUUCCUAAAGCUUCAGUGUACCAUGAAAUUUGGUGAGAAUUUGCGUAAAACACUGAAAGUAUUUUGGACAAAGGAUAAUGAAAAUUGUAGCCAGCCGAUACCAAUUAACAGUGGCAGAUUCUACAAUGAAUCAAUGGCAACGAAUAGGUAUGAUUUUACACUGAUUCUGUCCAACCUUCAACAUGGAGAUGCUGGAGAUUACUACUGCUGUGCUGCUACAUACCUCUCAUCACAGAUCAUUGCAAGCGGUUCAAUAAAUGUGCAAAUUUACGCAAUCAACCCCACCCUGUUGAACAUUUCUCUGCUCAUUGCCUGCAAAGCUGUUGUCUUGGUGAUUGUUAUGGUCGUUGGGUUUGCAAACGGAAAUGGCAGUAGCAGAAAUCUGAAGACACAACAAUGGAAUGAAGAAGAAAAUAAAUGAAAAGCUUGUCAAUUAAAAAUGUUGCAGUACUCCACACAGAUCUCAAUGUAGGAUUGUGGAAAUAAAUUGCUUCAUACAUCCACUUUAACAAUGGUGUAUCAUGACUUGUAAUCUGCUGUA